UUGAGGCAGUCGUCAGUCGAUACGAGACGCGGGAAGGGUCGCGCGGCUGCAUUGCACGCACAAAUACAUUAUUUUACGAAUCUACAGAGCAGUGAUAAGUGAAAAAUGCCUAAUAUUAUAAACGAAGUGAAAUUAGACUUCAAAGAUGUAUUAUUACGACCAAAAAGGAGCACGCUAAGAAGCAGAAAUGACGUUGAUUUGUACCGAGAGAUCACAUUCCGCAACUCUGGCCAGACCUACAAAGGAGUCCCAGUCAUGGCCAGCAACAUGGACACCGUGGGAACAUUUGAAAUGGCACAGGAACUGUCAAAGCACGGACUAUUCACGUGUAUCCACAAAUACUAUUCCAUUGACGACUGGAAGAAGUUCGCAACAGAACAUCCAGAGUGUCUGGAACAAAUGGCGGCCAGUUCGGGAACAGCGGAAGCAGACUUCGAGCGUCUAGCAGAGAUUCUGAACACUGUUAAAGACCUGAAGUUUAUCUGCCUGGACGUGGCCAACGGGUACUCACAGCACUUUGUGGAGUACGUGCGGCGAGUGAGGGCCGCAUUCCCCACACACACUAUUAUUGCUGGUAACGUAGUCACUGGAGAGAUGGUUGAGGAACUUAUUCUAUCUGGGGCAGAUAUCAUCAAGGUGGGUAUAGGCCCAGGGUCUGUAUGCACGACACGCAUCAAGACAGGUGUGGGCUACCCGCAGCUGUCCGCCGUCAUCGAGUGCGCAGACGCAGCGCACGGACUCAAGGGACACAUCAUAUCUGACGGUGGUUGCACAUGUCCCGGUGACGUAGCGAAGGCGUUCGGUGCGGGCGCGGACUUCGUGAUGGCGGGCGGCAUGUUCGCGGGACACGACCAGUGCGGGGGCGACGUCGUGGCCACGGCUGAUGGGAGGAAGGUCAAGCUAUUCUACGGCAUGUCGUCAUCCACGGCCAUGCUGAAGCAUUCCGGAGGCGUUGCGGAGUACAGGUCUUCGGAAGGUAAGACAGUAGAAGUGGAAUACCGUGGGGACGUCGGGGUCACGGUCAAGGACAUCCUGGGCGGGCUGAGGUCAGCCUGCACGUACGUAGGGGCAGCACACCUGAGGGAGCUGCCCCGGAGAGCCACCUUCAUCCGCUGCUGCAGGCAGGUCAACGAUACAUUCUCUUAAUCUUAAUAGCAGGACAUAUUAAGUGGGUAUUGGAUCUUUUUUAAAUGUUUUUUUUCUUUAAACUGACCAAAUAUUUUGUUUCACGGAAGAUAUUUGCUUUUUUUUGUAUUUCAUUUUAAAUACGGACGUGAUAACAGAUCCAUUUUAUCUAUGAGAAGAGACCGGAAAGAGAAAUAGCUUUUUAUAAUUUAAAUUGAUUAAAUCACAAGGAUGCUGUGUCGUUGGCUUAACUAUAAACUCCAGAAUGUUCUUUAUUAACCUUAAAAUGGUUUUUGGGAUAGUCAAGAUAGAUGUGAAAAGUGUGACAAGAAUGCCCGGGCAUUUUGGAAACCUUUUCUUCUCCAAAGGUAAUCAAUCCUGUAGAGAGUAUUCAUAGAAAUUUUGUCUACGACAAUGUCUUGGAGAAAGUUUUUCUAUUCUAUUUUGAUGUAGAAUUUUUAAAAUGCCCGGACAUUUUUGUUUCGCCUUGCAAGAAUAUUUAGAAAACGUGUAAUCCCAGAUUUUUCAACAUCAUUUCCAAAUAAAUAAAUUGUUAAUGUAAAGAAUAUCUUACAUCUCUUACUUAUAAGCUUAAGGUAUUCAGCUAAACGCGAGAAAAUCUAAAAUGUUUACUUAAAAUCUCAUUGUAUGUAGAAAAAUAAAUUUUAAAUUUAAUCACUUAAAUAGCUAAAGCAAUCAAUUAAGACGUGGCCUCGGAAUCAGCAAGACUGAUAUUGACAUUGUAUACCGUGAUUCAAAUAACAAUAGGUAUGGUUUUCGGCCAUAUUGGAAUUCCUUCGACUUUUGCAAAUCUUAAAAAAAACCGUACGAACUUGCUUUAAGGAGCUUUCAUUCGAUAAUACUAAUGAUUUUAAACAAUUCUAUUUAACAAUAUAUUUUUAGUUAGUCUAUAAAGAUGGAAUUAUAAUGCCUAUUCUUAUUUGAAUCGAUUUGUAUGUGUUUUAUUGUUUAUUGUUAAAUUGUUAACACAGAUUGUUAAUUGCUUUCAUCGACUACUAUUUGAUAUCUCAAAUCACAACAAUAAGGCUAAAACCAAAGAUCAGAAGAUUGUAGAGUAAACUUAAAUAUUUUAUGCACAUCCAUACCCAGGACUGCGACUGCUUAAAACAGUCAAAUUUUCUCAGACUAUUUUCCCAUAAAACAUAUGUACUGUCAAGACGAGGAACGACACUUUCGCAAGAAACGACAAUUUGACAAAUGACACUUCCAUAUAUUGCACACUUUGCCUCAUUUUGAUUAUAUGCUAAAGUGGCCAAUCAUAUUCUAGAUAACUUAAAGCGGAAGUGACGUUCCGUUUCAAGAUCUAACAAACAGUGACAGCUUUAGAAGGUCAAAAUUUACAUUUGACAAAGUGUCGUUAACCAUUACGUGCAUUGUCCUUAAUAUAUAAGUGGUGUCGUUGUGCAUAAGUUUACUCCACAAAAUGUUCUGAAAUGUUUAUAUCAUACAAAGCUUAACGCUGGUGCUAUUUUAAUCUUUCUUAGAUUAGAAAAUGCGAUCAAAAACUGCUUAAAUAGAUGUAAUAGUUCAAUUUUAAUAUAAACUUAUUAAAAAUCUUCAAACAAUUUUUUAUUUAUUGUUGAUUUAAUUUGUUAUUUUGUCACAAAGUUCACGUUGUUGGUGUAUGUUAUUUAUUUAAAUUACGAAAAUUUAUAUUUUAAGUGGUUUGUUUGUGUGUGUUUCAAAAGUUUAUUUACAUAAUCAGAUUUGCAAAAGAAUGUAGUAAGUAUGAACUAUAGGAAGGUUUUGCCAUUCGACUACGGGACCCUAAGACAGACAAAAUUUUGUGAAUCUGAUUUGGUUUAUAAUCUUUUGUUGUUGAUUGUUCGAGUUCGAAAAAUAUUUGUAUGCUUUUGAACUAUAAGACAUGUUUGGUCACUCGAGACAUCUCAUUCAAGGCCUGAAUACUGAAUUUGAAUUUUGUACGCACAACUUUGGUGUUACGGAAAAAUAUCUAAUUACUGAGUUUACCAUCACAAGGGCCAAGUUGUGAGAGAGAGAUGUGGCACUACGACAUCUAUAGCUCUAUCUCGCUUACUCAAAUGCAGCCACCUCACUUUAAGAGGCUAUAGUAGGCUCCCGAUCUAUUGUGCCUACCACACAAGUAAAUUUCUGUGAAAGCACAAUGCAAUGUAAAAUUUUUUGAAAAGUGUUUUAUUUUUAAAUAUUUUUAUUAUUUUAUGUGUUGAUGAUGAUGAAUUGUUGUUUAAGACGAAAUAAAGUUAAUGUACAAAAUG